CUUAUCAUAGCAAGCGUGGCUGCUCGCGGCCACCUUUGUGCACGCGUGACAGCUUGCAGACUGGACAGCCCUUCACAAGCGUAGCGUUCACCGUUCACCGCCAUGGCGCUCAGCGCAGUGAGCAUUAACCGAAUGACUCGAGACAUCAAGGAGAUGACGCAGGCUCCGCCGGCGGGCAUCAGCGCCUGGGCGACCGGCAACAGCAUCUCACGGUGUCAAGCCCAAAUCAUCGGGCCCGAGGGGACGCCCUACAUGGGCGGAGUCUUCCAGCUCCGCGUCACGUUCCCCGACAGGUACCCCAUGGAGCCCCCGAACGUCAAGUUUGUUACCAAGGUGUACCACCCCAACGUGUCCAAGGAGGACGGCAACAUUUGCUGCAGCGUGCUCAACAUGCCGCCCAAGGGCGACUGGAAGCCCGCACACAGCCUGCGCACCGUGCUGCUGUCCAUCCAGUCGCUGCUGGCAGAGCCCAACCCCGCGGACCCCCUGGACGCAGACGCGGCCCGGGAGCUGACGAGUCACCCGCAGCUGUUCCACAGCCGCGCCGCCGAGUGGACGCGCCUGUACGCCAGUCCAGACGCCCAGCGCAACGGGUAUGGCGCGUCUGCGUCCACGUCCACGUCCGUGGCGGCGCCCGCCGAGAAGGCACAGCCACCAGCCGCCGCCGGCAGCAUUGGAAUGUCGCGGGUGCAGGAGCCGCUGGUGGAGGUGAAGGGGCAGGCGCGGACGCAAGCGGCCGGCACGUCGUCCGCUGCACUGCCCGCACCGUUGCUGGGCAAGCAGCCUCAGCCGGCCAGCUGCACAAUAGCGGCUGUUGAGGCGCUGAGCUCAGCAGCGCCAGCCGCGGAUGGCGUGACGUCCGCUGGCAGCGGCGGCGGCGACGCGGCGAUGCCAAGCAACACGCCUGCAGGGCAGGAUGCGCAGGCUGGCUCCACAACUGUGGAAAGAACCGCCAUCGAUGGCGCUGUUGAGGGCGGUUUGCCGCCGAGCACGGCCGCAGUAGGGGCGCAGCAGCCGCCCGUGGCAAAGCCGGCCGCUCAGGAAGGCUCUGCGUUGGCUGCUGGCGCCGUGGAGUCAAAGCGACCGCCGGAGCCGACGUCAAGGCUCUCCAAGCUCAGCAAGCGGCCGCGCGCCUAGCACGUUUGCCUGACAAGGGGGUGUGUGAAACAUUGUGCAUAUGACAUUUGCAGGAUGCUUGAAGUCCUGGUUUGGAGCAGCAAUUGAGCGUUGUGCAAGGAUAGUCCGGUGGACCGUGUAUCGCGACCAGACAAGGACGAAGAUGUGUCAGGCGGAUUUUGCAAUAUGUAUGUGUGAAGGCAGCUCCGGGAUCUAACAACGCUCAAGAAGGGCAAGCCAGUCCAUGCAAGUUUUUCGGCCCAU